AUGUUUUUCGUCUUUUUUCCUCAAAAUUUUCCUUUACAUUCUCUUUCUCCUCCUUUCCGAUUUUAUCCUUCUUUUAUCCUCUUUUUAUUUCGUUCCUUUCUUUUCCUUAAUAUUAUUUAUUUUUAUUUUGUUCACUUUCUUCUUUCUUACAAAUUCCCAUGUUUCUUUUUUAAUUUGCACUCUUUCUUCCUGCCGAUAUUAUCCUCUUUUUAUUUCGUUCCUUUCUUUUCCUUAAUAUUAUUUCUUUUUAUUUUUUUCACUUUCUUCUUUCUUACAAAUUCCCAUGUGUUACUUUAUUCUUUUAAUUUGCACUCUUUCUUCCUGCCGAUAUUAUCCUCUUUUUAUUUAGUUCCUUUCUUUUCCUUAAUAUUAUUUCUUUUUAUUUUGUUCACUUUCUUCUUUCUUACAAAUUCCCAUUUUUUUAAUUUGCACUCUUUCUUCCUGCCGAUAUUAUCCUCUUUUUAUUUCGUUUCCUUUCUUUUUUCCUUAAUAUUAUUUCUUUUUUCUUUUGUUCACUUUCUUCUUUCUUACAAAUUCCCAUUUCUUUUAUUUUUACUCUUUCUUCCUGCCGAUAUUAUCCUCUUUUUAUUUCGUUCCUUUCUUUUCCUUAAUAUUAUUUCUUUUUAUUUUGUUCACUUUCUUCUUUCUUACAAAUUCCCAUGUGUUACUUUAGUUUCUUCUCUUUCCUCCUACAAAUGUUAA